AGAGGGCGAGGAAGGGAGCGGAGGUAAGCGCGCACUCGAGCAGUAAGAAGCAUUUUUUUUUCUAGGACGCGCACAGGCAGACAGCGCUGCUGGUCAGACAGCACACAGAGGAGAGAGAGCAGGAGAGGAGGAGGACGCACAACUCAAACACGGGAGACAAAGUUCUCCUCUGUCGAGAUGAAGUGCUGUGCCAAUAAACAUCUGCGUUCCCAUUUGAUGGAAGUGUUGGAUCUUAUCGGGAAAACAGGAGAAAUAUCCCAAAGGAAGGAGUGCACCCAUGGAUUUCUGUUUGGAACGAGCGCUUUAGUGCAGUGGAGUCAAUGAGGUAUCCAGUCAUGAUUUGGGUCGCGUUUUUACCCCUAAUGGUUUCGUGCGCUUUUGGGAACAGGACCGUUGAGCAGGUGCCUUUUUUCCACGGGCAUGUAUUUGAGAACUCGCCUCCUGGCUCUCGGGUCAACGGAUUGAGCGUCCCGUUAAAGCGGCUGAACUCGAACAGGCUGUGCGGUCCCGGGGAAUCCGGAUCAGCGGCGACACAGUUUAAACUCCUGGGAGACGGGAGCGAAAAUUUCCGUGUCUUUGCGCACCACAACCGGGGGCACAUUUUGUUGAAGACCUCUGGGGUCCUCGACCGGGAGGACCGGGCUGAAUACGCACUGGGUCUUGGAUUGUGUUGCGGGCAAUGCGCGGGACUCUCCCGGGAUGGGGAAGAUGAGUCGCCGGUGGUCGCCGAGGUGGCGUCAAUAAAGGUUGACGUCCUGGACACCAAUGACCACAAGCCCACCUUUCCCGGUGCUGAUGUGAAACUGAGCCUGGAUGAUGCCACUGCGCUCCGCACGGCUAUCUACACGGUGAGCGCGCGGGACGAUGACAGUGGAAAGAACGCGGAGCUUAUCUACUUUGUGUUGCCCAAAAACGGGAGUUUUUACGCGGUGCCUAAAACCGGAGAAAUACUCCUAGUGGACUCGAUCCUCGGUCUGGACGAACCGAUUAAGUUUGAAGUGUUUGCCCGAGACCGCGGGUGGCCACCUCGCACGAGCCAGAGCGUAUCCGUUGAGAUCAACCCUCGGCAGUGGCCCGUGUCGAAACGGAAAACUACAUCUCAUCAUAAAGUGCACGAACGAAAGUCCAGGUCACUACUCGAGCCAGACAGCCCCGUUUUUAUUAACGUGUCUGAGGAUGCAGGGAUCGGGUCAGUGGUGAUGAACCUGAACCCGGUGAGGUUUCCGUCGCCUGCGUUUGAGCUCGUGGAGCCCGACGAGGAGAGCUCCCCGGUCAGCGUGAGCCGGGACAGCGGGGAUAUAGUCAUAUCACGGAGACUGGACCGAGAGACUGAGGCACUAGUGGAAAUCACCGUCAAAGUCCAGGAUAAGAGAGGUUCUGAUUGGUACCUGAUCAGAGUGGAGCUGACUGUGACGGAUGUAAACGACAAUGUCCCCGAAUGGAGCAUGGUUCCUGCCCCCUACCUGGCCGUGGUCUCUCCCGACGCUCCUGCAGGUUCGCUGGUCUACAAACUGUACGCUCAGGAUGGGGACGAAGGCAACAACGGGGAAGUGGAGUACUUCCUGUCUGACGGCGGGGAUGGUCGUUUUGAAGUGGACAGGAAGAGCGGCCAUGUACGGACCACGGGCCUCCCCCUGCAGCGGGACCGGGAGUACCUGCUGACCGUGGUGGCUGCAGACCGGCUGGGCAGCCGCAGCGCCCCCGCCGUGGUCUCUGUGGUGGCAGGAGCCCGGCCGCCGCAGUUCACCAACGCUUCUUUCACCAUAUCCAUCCCGGAAAACACCCCCGAAGGACAGGCCUUCCUGGUCACACCUGCUGUGUCCUUCCAGGAGAAACCGAUCAGCUACAGUCUUCUCAUCAAUCCCAGCAGCCUCUUCUCCAUCACUGCAGAAACUGGGGAGAUCAGCCUGACCCGCCCCAUCGACUACGAGAGCGACCAGCACCGCUACCUGCUACUGGUGCGAGCCAGCGAGGGCCUGGACAGCAUGAGCAGCGCUGCCGAGGUUCGAGUGAUUAUCAUCGAUGAGAACGACUGCGUGCCGGAGUUCCUCCAGUCCAUCUACAGCAAGGAUGGUGUGCCCGAGACCGUGACGACCGCGACCUCCCUGCUGCAAGUAUCGGCCAGUGACUGCGACUCCGAGGAGAACGCUGAGUUAACCUACUACACCCUGAGUCAAGACUUCACCAUUUCUCCUCAUGGGACCAUUUUCCCCGUGGGGCCUCUGGACUACGAGAGACCGAACCACCUGUACGAGUUUGUGGUGAUGGCGGUUGAUAAGGGGGAGGUCCCUCGCACCGGCACGACUACAGUACGGAUACGCAUGGCCAACGUCAACGACGAGGCGCCUGAGUUCUCCCAACACAUAUAUCGGACGUUUGUCUCGGAGGACGCGGGACCGAACACUCUCGUUGCCACGGUGCUGGCGAAGGAUCCUGACGGGGACGGGAUCACAUACAAGAUCACGACUGGAAAUGAAGAGGGAAACUUUGUCAUCGACAGCCAGAAAGGUCUGAUCCGCCUGCGCUCCAGCCCUCCCCCGUACCUCCAGGGUGUCGAGUAUGUCCUCAACGUAACAGCGACGGAUGACAACGCCUCGGGCGGACCUCAGGCCUUGUCAUCCACGGCGCAGGUCAUAGUGGGAGUGGACGAUGUGAAUAACAACAAGCCUGUCUUUGAGAAGUGUCAGCAGUACAGAGAGAGCACGUCGGUCCUUGAGAACCAGCCGGCGGGGACGUUUGUUCUGCAGGUCCAUGCUGUGGAUGCUGACGAGGGCUCCAAUGGAAGGGUCACAUACGGCUUCAUGCACAAAGACUCGACUGUGCCUGCGUUCAGCAUUCACCCAGACACCGGAGUAAUUGUGACAGCCAGGAAAUUUGACCGAGAACGGCAACGGGAGUACGCAGUGACGGUGACCGCCACCGACCAGGCAGCCGACCCCCUGAUUGGAAUUUGUCAACUCAACAUCCUCAUCCUGGACCAGAACGACAACAGUCCAAAGUUUGAGAACAUCCGAUACGAGUACUUCCUUCGGGAGGAUACAAUGAUCGGGACUAGUUUCUUGCGUGUGGCAGCUCACGAUGAUGAUUUCGGCACCAACGCAGCCAUCACCUACUCCAUGUCCAGUGAACAGCCUGAGUACCUGAGGGUCAACCCUUUGACCGGCUGGGUGUACGUCAACCAGCCCAUAUCUCAGAGGACCUACAUCACCAGGGAUAUCGUGGCUACAGACGGAGGUAACAGGAGCAGCUCGGUGGAGCUCGCAGUCACCAUCACCAAUGUGAAGAAUCAGCCUCCUCAGUGGGGUAAGGACAGCUACAGCGUGGUCAUCCCGGAAAACACCGUCAGAGACACUCCCAUCGUGACCAUCAAAGCCACCUCCCCACUCGGCGACCCCAGGGUGACCUACAACCUGGAGGAUGGCAUGGUCCCAGAAACCAACAUGCCAGUUCGCUUCUAUUUGACCCCAAACCGAGAGGACGGUUCCGCCUCCAUCCUGGUGGCAGAGCCCCUGGACUACGAGACCACCAGGAACUUCAUGCUGCGGGUUCGAGCGCAGAAUGUGGCCGCUGUACCGCUGGCUGCCUUCACUACGGUCUAUAUCAAUGUCACAGAUGUAAAUGACAACGUCCCGUUUUUCACCUCCUCCAUCUACGAGGCGUCCGUCACUGAAGGGGCAGAAUCAGGAACUUUGGUUUUCCAGGUUUCGGCCAAUGACCUGGACCUGGGUCUCAACGGCAAGAUCUCCUACUCCCUGCUGGAGGAUCGCAGUGGUGACCACCAGUAUUUCCGGAUCGACCCAGAGCUGGGAUUUAUCUACUCACAGACGGUGUUUGACCGAGAGACCAAAAGCUCGUACCUGUUGGAGGUUCAGUCUGUGGACGGGAGGGAGUCAUCGCGGCCCGGCAAACAUGGACAACCCAACUCCGACACGGCAUAUGUUCGGGUUUUUAUCAGCGACGUCAACGAUAACAAGCCGGCGUUCGCGACGGCGUCCUAUGAAGUCGACGUGGAUGAGGACGCAGACGUGGGCUUCGCCAUUCUCACCGUCAGCGCCAUCGAUGGGGACGAAGGUGGAAAUGCAAAGCUGCGCUACCAGAUCACAUCAGGCAACACGGGAGGGGUGUUUGAUGUGGAACCAGAGGUGGGCACCAUCUUCAUCGCCCAGCCUUUGGACUACGAGCAAAACAAAAGGUACAAGCUUCAUGUCCUGGCAUCAGAUGGAAAGUGGGAGGAUUACACGACAGUGACGGUCAACGUGGUCAACAAGAACGACGAGGCUCCCGUGUUUACCGUGAACGAGUACUACGGCAGCGUAACAGAAGAGCUGGACGGCUCGCCGGUCUUUGUGUUACAGGUAACCGCUUCCGACCCGGAUAAGGACGCUGAUCAGGAGGCGCUGCGUUACUCCCUGCACGGCCAGGGCGCAGAGAGCGAGUUUAUUAUUGAUGAGGUCACGGGGAAGAUCUACGCCCAGAGGACGCUGGACCGCGAGGAGCGAGCCGUGUGGCGUUUUGUCGUCUUGGCCACGGACGAGGGCGGGGAAGGUCUCACCGGCUUCACGGACGUCAUCAUCAACGUUUGGGACAUCAACGACAACGCGCCCGUCUUCACCUGCGCCCCCAGCUGCCACGGCGACGUAGCCGAGAACUCCGUGGUCGGGACGUCCGUGAUGGAGAUGACGGCCACCGACCUGGACGACUCGGCGGUGGGGCAGAACGCCGUGCUCUCGUACAGGAUUCUAGGUAGUUUGGACGCCGCCGACCUCGAGGCGGGAGGCGUGCCUACCUUCUCGGAGAUGUUCACCAUCAACCCCACCACGGGGACCAUCACCGUGGCAAUGGGCGGCCUGGACAGAGAGCAGGUGGAGUCGUACCUGCUGGUCGUGGAGGCCAGGGAUGGAGGAGGGAUGACCGGAACUGGGACUGCCACCAUUAAAAUCAAAGAUGUGAACGAUCAUGCUCCGAGGUUCACCGACCACUCCUGUGUGGCGAGGAUCUCUGAGAACGCAGAGCCCAAUGCGCAGGUCCUGGAGCUGGCUGCAGAAGACAGAGACACCGGAGAAAACGCCCAGCUGACCUUCAGCGUUGUCGCCGGAGACCAGGAGCAGAAGUUCUACAUGGUCAGUCACAAGCAGGAGCAACGUGGCACCCUGAGGCUCAAGAAACGCCUGGACUACGAACGACACAGCGAGCAGCGGUUCAAUCUCACACUGAAGGUUGAAGACCUGGACUUCUCCAGUCUCCUGCACUGUGUGGUGGAGGUGGAGGACUACAACGACCACGCUCCCGUCUUCAUCCCGCACUUCUUGUCUCUGGCCCCACUACCCGAGGACAUCACCGUGGGAACCAGUGUGGCACGUCUCGUCGCCAGCGACUCUGACUCAGGCCAGAACCGUGAAAUCACCUACAGCCUGUUGGAGGACUCGGAUCCCGAGGGGCUGUUCACCAUCGACCAGUCCGGUCUGCUCUCUGUGGCCCGGCCUCUGGAUCGGGAGAGGGUGGCGCAGCAUCACUUGGUCGUCAUAGCAACCGAUAACGGGGUUCCACCUCUAACGGGCAGUGCCACAGUCCAGCUGCCUCUGUUGGAUGUAAAUGAUAACGGGCCAGAGUUUGAAGCGUCAUACUCGCCGGUCGUGUUUGAGAACGUGGCGGGACCUCAGGUAGUAAGGAUGAACCAAACGUCCACCCUCCUCCGAGCUGUGGACCGGGACUCUCCAGAGAACGGCCCGCCCUUCCACUUCACUGUCCCGUCCGAGUAUCGCCACAGCAAUGAUUUCUACCUCCAGGACAACCUCAACGGCACGGCGACACUGACGGCUCUGAGGACGUUCGACCGAGAGCGCCAGAAGGAGUUCCUCAUCCCGAUUAUUAUGAGCGACAGCGGACAACCAGCCAAAACUGUGACCAGCACGCUGACAGUGACCAUCGGGGACCAGAACGAUCACGCACAUGUGGCGGGGGACAAGAAGAUUUUCAUCAAUAGUCACAGAGGCCGUAUGCCAACAACCGUCCUGGGUAAAGUUUACUCUCCUGACCCUGAUGACUGGGACAACAAGACGUAUGUCUUUGAGGGACAUGUGCCAAGCUACUUCAUCCUGAACAAGCGAACUGGCUUCCUGAUCAUCAAGGAGAACGCUCCACCCGGCACCUAUCAGUUCCAGGUCCGUGUGUCCGAUGAAGUGUGGCCAGACGCCGUCUCUGCUGUGACCGUGCAUGUGAGGGAGCUGCGAGACGAGGCCAUCUACAACUCCGGCUCCGUCCGCCUGGCAGACAUCACAGCCAAGGAGUUCAUUGAACUGAGAGGAAAGCAGCGGAGUCGCUACGAGCUGUUGGUGGACUUCCUCUCCGAGAUGCUCUCCGUUCCCUCGGAUGAUGUCAACAUCUUUAGCCUGUUGGACGCCAAGGAGCGAACGCUGGAUGUUCGUUUCGCCGUGUACGGUGGCCCCUCCUUCCUGCGGCCGGAGAAAAUGCACGGUUAUCUGGCCGCGCACAAACAGAAGCUCCAGUCGUUCCUGCAGGUCAGCGUAGUCCAGAUCCGGGUGGACGAGUGUCCCGGUUCGGAGUGUGCCGGGGCCGGAGGCUGCACCAGUGUUUUGAACGUGCGGGACACGCCCACAGUGGUGGAUUGUGGGACCAUGAGUCUCGUGUCUGUGACGGUGGAAUCCACAGCUGUGUGCUCCUGUCCGGGCAGAGAGCAGUCCCACCAGCCCUGCAGUGCAUAUCCCAGAAACCCCUGCUUCAAUGGAGGCAUGUGUGUGGACACUCAGCACGGCUACAGGUGCCAAUGCCCGGCGCAGUACGAGGGGCCCGAGUGCCAGCAGAACAAGCACAGUUUCCAAGGCAACGGAUAUGCCUGGUUCCCUCCCAUGAUGCCUUGCUUUGAGAGUCACGUGUCCCUGGAGUUCAUCACGGACGUGGCUGACGGACUGCUGCUGUACAGCGGCCCCUUGGCCCAGCUGCAGGCCUGGGACCAUGAGGACUUCAUAGCCAUAGAGCUCAUAGACGGGACCCCCACCUUGAAAAUCAACCACGGCUCGGGCACAGUGGUGCUACAGUUGCCAGGCAACGUGAACGUGGCAGACAGGCGGUGGCACCGGCUAGAUGUCCGCAGCAACAGCAAGGAGGUGCGGUUCACUUUGGAUCGCUGUUCAGGAGCAGCCGUGAUGGAGAUGGAGGGACUGGGCAGCUGGCUGACCACAGAAGACCACUCGUCCUGCGAGGUGACGGGCGUCACACCCAACACUGACAGACACCUGAACAUGAGCCACGUGCUCCAGCUCGGCGGGGUGAACGAGGACAUUCCGUACAUCUACCCUCAGCUUCAGCACAAACACUUCACCGGCUGCAUCCGCAACCUCAUCGUGGACAGCAAGCUGUAUGAUUUGGGCUCCCCGGCCGACUCUCAAUCCAGCUCUCCGGGCUGCCUGACCACUGACAGCAGCUGUGUCAACAUGGGCUAUCCGUCCUGUGGCCACCGAGGUCGCUGUCACGGCGAGUGGGGCUCCUUCAGCUGCCAGUGUGUGCCGGGAUACACGGGACACCAGUGUGACGAGGAGGUCCCAGAGUAUUCCUUCGACGGCCACAGUCACGUGCAUUUCCAGUUGGCGUCCCCGCUGUCGGCCCGGAGGACAUGGGUUCAAGUCCUGGUUCGAACCCGCAAACACAGCAGCACCAUCCUGAACAUGAUCUCAAAGGAGCAGAGCGAGUACAUUCGACUGGAGGUCUUCCAGGGCCUCCUCUGUGUUUUCUUCAACCUUGGCGACGGGGACUACAACCUGACCCUGCCCGCUUAUCGCCUCGACAACGGUGAAUGGCACGAGGUGUUGCUGGACCGGCAUGACAACGAGCUGACGCUGCGGCUGGACGGCGGCGGAGGGCAGAGGGAGGUCACGGGAAUGAGAGGCCGCAGCAGAGAAAUCAUCAUUGACCCGACUGUCGUGAUGCUGGGAAACAGCUUCCCCUCUGGAGUCAACAAGAGCUUCCAGGGCUGCAUGAGGGAUUUACGGCUCAAUGGUCGCUACAUGCCGCUGGACAGCCAGCCCCGAGAUGGGGUUUCCCAGAUCAGCAUGCAAGGCCUCUCCCCUGGGUGCUCGUCUGACUCCUGCAAAAGGAACCAAUGUAGCGCCCCCUUCACCUGCGUGGACCUGUGGAGGGUACACGAGUGCAGGUGUCCUCCUGGCCACAUGGUCCGCGUGAACGGGACGAAGAAGUCCUGCGUCUACACCCUCUGUGCCACGCGUCCUUGUCACCGGGGAACCUGUGUGGCACAGUCGCCGUCCAAAUUCACCUGCCACUGCCCGGAGGGUUACAGAGGACGCCACUGUGAGACGACGCUGGCCAUCUACAGAGACGACGUGGGCUUGAGCUUCAGCUCCCUCUUUGCCAUCUGUAUCUGCUUCAUGGCCUUACUAGUGCUGCUGCUGGGCAUUUUCCUCUACACGCGCUGGAGGAGCUACAAAGGGCUGAAGGAGGGAGUCUACCACGUGUCGGCCCACCACGAUGGCUGGGAGGAUAUCAGGGAGAACGUCCUCAACUAUGACGAGGAGGGAGGAGGGGAGGAGGACCAGAAUGCGUACGACAUGGCAGAGCUGCAGAAGUCCCUCCAGCCGAGCCCGGCCCAGUCGGUGCAGUACUGCCGCUCCAGAGCCCUGCACCACCCUCCACCCCCUCCACACCACCACCACCACCACCACCACCUCCUGCACCAGGCCCACCCCGCCCCGCCCUCCACCCAACCGCUGGACUCCCUCAGCCGGACGACCAGCUCCACCACUCUGCCUCCUUCAGCCGCCUCCUCCACCGGCACCACCGGCCUGCGCAGAGACGUGCCCCCCACCCGACUCCCCGCCCAGGGCCAGGCCCGCCCCUCCCAGCUGGCCCGGCGCUCCCUCUCCUUCUCCAGCCAGGACCUCGCCCGCUACCUGUGCGAGAUCAUCCGCGAUGCGGACCAGCAUCCGGACACGGGACCUUUCGACUCCCUGCAGGUCUUCUCCACCGAGGGAGGGGGCUCGCCCGCCGGCUCCCUCAGCUCCUUCAGCUCAGCGGGGCUGGACGGAGGGAGCGGCGCAGACGGAGGAGGAGGCGGAGGGGAGGGGAGAAGGGAGGAGACGCUGGGGGAGUGGGGCCCUCGCUUUGAAAAGCUGCGGGCGUUGUACGAGCGAGCGGAGGCGAGCGACCUCUGAGCUCAGACGCACACGGACUCAUGGGACCCUUAAAAAACGGGGCCGACCCCCCGAACAAUCAAUUAGCAGACGCUCGACGAUGACAGCGAGAGAGUGAGUGACAGACAGACUCGCUCAGCUCCCCCUCGCCCCGACACAGGAUGUGUUGUAUUUACUGGAUGAUGAGCGCCGUCAAUCAACACGGGGGGGGGGGGGGGCCUAACAGACAGAUGAAAGCGUCCCCGAGAAAAAAGAGGCUGUCGCUCUGCUCUGCGCUCCUCUUCCUCGGAGCAGACGUUAUCAAACCUGCCACUCACCUUAAAGGCUUCAGAACGUCACUCUCUACCUGGGCUACUCAUCAUGAUGGAGCUCAGCUUCACUGUCAGACACAUCUGUUCCAGUCACAGCCAAUAAUACCACAAAUUUCCUCUAUUUUCUAACACUCACUGUGAGCCGAGUGUCAGAUGAAGGCCUGAAAUGUGAAAUAAAAAAAUGUUGUUUUUUUUAUAGCUGAGCAAAUCAAUGCCACAUGAAAUGUAUUUUUUAGCACCUCGCUGCUGAAUUCAAUCUUUGUAAAUAAGAAUGCUUUAUGUGAUGUUACAUGAGACGGUGAAGACGAGAGGGAUCAUACUGAGUAGCCCUUAUAACACAGAGUCUGGAUUUUUCAGUAUAUAAUGGACACUUUGUGUUCUUGCUGCCUGGCUGUACACAGCUUCUGUCAAUGUUUGGAAAAAAAAAGUGCUUUGACCAUCACCGGGUUGCAGAUUGAGAUUUUUUUUUUUCUUUCUGGUAAUGUGUCUUUCGCUGGGUUCAGUAAUUCUGUAUUGGUUGGGGUAUUUCAAGUUGCAACGCUCUGUGGGUUGUUAGACAUCAGGCUUUUCUACUUACUACAGCGCCCUCGUCUUCAUGUGAUUUCCUAUUCUCAUUCGAGCUCUCCUCCUCCUCACCCGAGGGAGGCUGCAGAAAAAAUUCAAACAGCUUUGUUACAAAGAAAUGGGAGCGGACGUGCGGACCGCGGGAGGGAGGAAAUACUUUGCUCUGUUGCUCUGUUUGGCACACGCUCUUCCUUGGGCAUACCAAAUGCGGCUGCUGCGAGAGACCGCUUUAACAGACAAUUGCUCGGUAGAAUACAAACUAUGUCAAGCAGCUUUCAAAGGUGACUACUCAAUAAAUACAAACAGGAGGAGGAGCAGGGAGAUUUAUAAUGAUUAUUCAUGUGGCGCCGAGCUGGCCUACCUGUGCCGUACACACAUAUAUCUAUUCCUCCUCGCUAAAAUAUCGACUCUGAGCUGAGACGGUAUAAUUGUUGGAAAAAUGGGCCGAUAGAAAAAUUGCAAGGGAAAUAAUAACUCUGCAGCUAUCAUCCAAGCUGUGAAUUGUCAGCCCAGUGGAAAGCGUUCCUCUUACUCGACGUUCUCGUCACAUCGUCCCUGAACAGAAGAAUAAAACCUCUCCUCUAUUCUUUGACAGAACAAUUUAGUCUAAAAGGAAUGAAAAAAAGCACUGACGGAAAAAAAGAAGGGGAAGAGGCAGAGUGGAAAGAGUACCUGAUCUCUUUUGUCUCGUGUUAAGGGAGGUGAGACGAGGAGUUGGGGGAGGGGGAGGCGACAGAGAGGAACUAUCUGAUCAAGUGCCUGGCUCUGUUGUAAACGUAGCUGCUCGGUAGCUCCACAGGUAGCUCUAGAGAUGGGAGUCAGGGUGCUGGGAGUGAUGGUUUGUUGCACAGAAAAUCACAAAAAUACAAAAGUUAUUUUCCCUCACCCCAUCCCGGCCCACGUUCUCCCUGCAUCCCCUAAAGAACCAACCUGGCUUCCCCUUGAGUUUCAGGCGCUGGACCUUGCAGAAAGUAGCAUCAUCACGGUCUCUCUUUUUUUUUUUACCCGUCCUCCGGCUGGCAGAGCGGAGCCCGUCUGCACAGAGCACUUAAAGUGUGGGAGCGUGUGAAAACAUGUCAGGCCUCUAAUCCUAAUAGGAGCUGAUGGGGCUGGCUGUCAUGCUGCAGAAAACCAAAAGGGUUGUUGGUACUUAGAAACAAAAAAAAAAAGAAAGCGACAGAGGAGUUGAUUUCAAGAUUGUGGCUUUCCAGACGAAAGCGAUUUUCUCAUAAGCGGAGGCAACAAUGUGUCUUUUUUUAAACUAAGAGACUCGGCUGAAGGAUGACGCCUGAAAGUCAGACACAUGCUUUGUUUUUGUUUUUUUUAACAGACAGCUGGGAUUUCCUAGAGAGGGAUGCUUGUUUUUGUAUUCCUCUGCAGAGACGGGGCCGAGGCCUGCAGCACGCAGAGAAACAAAGAGGUGAAGACGCUUUACGCUUCGUCUUUCUCUUUCUGCAGCUGUAAGGAAGCAGCCUUUCUCUCCCCACCACCAUUUAUUCAUUUGUACCAUAAAACGGCUUCUUAAAUGUUGUGUUCCGGGUGCAGACAUGUUGUGAACAAAGUUAAUGUUUUUACCUCAUUUGUAAAUAAAAGAGAUGACUUAAUUAUUGCUUUUUAUGUCGAGAAAAGCAGCCUAGGUUUAAACUGUGCAGCUUCUGAGAAAAACACAUCAAACCAAACAUAUCUGUUUUAUCAUCCUGACGACGGGCGGUGGCGGCAGCGACGAGCUUUUGGACAGUUAUGUGAGUGUUUUGUAUUUGCUUCGAU